AAGGACCGGAAGAUGAGUCCAUUAUUGUGUUUAGCGCUGUUGGCGCUCUGCGGCAUUGGAGUUGUGGUCCAUGCAUCAUCGCUGCAAUGCGCCUUAAGGAAGAAUUAUUUAAUUAGGCAGCAAGUGCAAAUUCAAAAGCUGGAAAUAAAACAGCAGAUGAAAGUGAAAUUGCUUAAUCAGUUCUGCAUGCUAGACUUGCCACCGAUUCCGGAUGCUCCAACGGCUAACCAAAAGCAACCAUUGCCAACGCAGCAAGCGCCAACAAGUUCAGGUGGACAUCCAUCAAAUCUAUCAAUAGUUGUGAUUUAUCCACCAGGAAGUCCAUGUAACCCAAAACCAAAUGAUUCGUUAUAUUCGACACCUCCCCCCGGUCAGACAAGUCCAACAGAGCCCCCGGGUCCGACUUUAAGGCCCGGUGAGACAGAGUAUCCGACAUACCCGCCUGGUGCUUCUGCUCAGGGAUGGCCUGCAUAUCCAACAUAUUCUACCAUUCGGCCAGUUCCAACAAAAGAGGGCGAGUAUCCGACAUAUCCACCCGGCGACACCGAAUAUCCGACAUAUCCGCCUGGUGCUUCUGCUCAGGAAUGGCCAACAUAUCCAACAUAUUCUACCAUUCGGCCAGUUCCAACAGAAGAGGGCGAGUAUCCGACAUAUCCACCUAACGAGAGCGAAUAUCCGACAUAUCCGCCUGGCGACUCUAUUCAGGGAUGGCCUGCAUAUCCAACAUAUUCUACCAUUCGGCCAGUUCCAACAAAAGAGGGCGAGUAUCCGACAUAUCCGCCUAACGAGAGCGAAUAUCCGACAUACCCGCCUGGCGACUCUAUUCAGGGAUGGCCUGCAUAUCCAACAUAUUCUACCAUUCGGCCAGUUCCAACAAAAGAGGGCGAGUACCCGACAUAUCCGCCUAACGAGAGCGAAUAUCCGACAUACCCGCCUGGCGGUUCUGUUCAGGGAUUGCCUGCAUAUCCAACAUAUCCGACCAUUCGGCCAGUUCCAACAUACAUGCCCGGUCACACCGAGGAACCGACAUCUUCGCCUGAUUAUCCUUCUAAUUUAGUUAAAACAUAUCCGCCCAACGCCUUUCCGAAAUAUUCGACUCGUCAGCCAAGUACAACAAAUCUGCCCGAUAAGACCCAGUGCCCGACAAGUCCAACAAGUCAACCUACUACGGAAUGGCCAAUCUUGCCGCCUCCCGGCCCGCCAGGCCCAACCAACAAUCCAUUCGCAAUCGGUCCGCCCAAUGGCGCAAUAUUUGUAAUAGUUGAUUGUCCGUAUUCAUACUCAACACGUAAACAACAACUAACAGACUCUCUAUUCCAAUUAAGUCAACAGAGACUUUUGCUCGACCGUCAACCAAGUCGGCAAGUUAGUUUUAGAACGGCAAAGGAUGUUCAAGAUGAUUCCAAGCUGAAGACUGUGGAGCUGAUCAAGAAGUACGGUUACCCAGUGGAGACACAUUUUGUGAAGACGACGGAUGGCUAUGUGCUUUGCCUACAUCGCAUACCGCGGCCAGGGGCACCGGUGGUAUUGCUGGUGCACGGACUCAUGUCCAGCUCAGCGGCUUGGGUACAAAUGGGUCCGUCCAAUGGACUGGCCUAUCUACUGUACCGGCAGGGCUACGAUGUCUGGCUGUUAAACACGCGCGGCAACAUCUAUUCGCAGAAGCACGUCAAUCCCGAUAUUAAGCCAGCUGAAUACUGGAGCUUCACCUUCCACCAAAUUGGCAUCUACGAUCUGCCAGACUCGAUUGAUAAGAUCCUGGACGUUACGAAGCAAACUCAGAUUCAAUAUAUCGGACACUCGCAGGGCUCUACCGCCUUCUUUGUGAUGUGCAGCGAGCUACCCGAUUACUGUGAGAAGGUCAUCCUCAUGCAGGCACUCUCGCCAACUGUCUUUAUGGAGCACACCCAGAGUCCAGUGCUUCGGUUCUUCGCUCUGUUCAAGAGCAAAUUCAGAAUUUUGCUCAACUUACUUGGUGGUUAUGAAAUCUCAAAGAAUAACCGUAUAAUCGCACAGUUCCGGAAUCAUAUAUGCAAGGGCAGUCUUCAAGAAAGUCCAAUUUGCGCCGUCUUUGAGUACGUGAUGUGUGGAUUUGGCUGGAACCAGUUCAAUUCUACUCUCACACCGCUAGUCGUUGGCCACGCUUCGCAGGGUGCAUCCAGCUACCAGGUUUAUCACUAUGCCCAGCUAAUCAGCAGCGUCAAAUUCCAGGCCUUCGAUCAUGGUGAAGUGAUUAAUGAACAACAAUAUCAGAAGCCCGAGCCGCCGGCGUACAAUCUGACUCAGGUUAACUGCAAGGUGGCGAUUCAUCAUGCUACUGACGAUUGGCUCUCCUCCAAAAACGAUGUCCAAAGUCUCUCAAGUCGUCUGCCUAACGUCAUCGACGAAUGGAAUAUCCAAGAAAAGGGCUUCAGUCACUAUGAUUACAUGUUGUCGCAGCAAGUUAAUCAACUGAUUAACAAUCGCGUUAUCAACAACUGUGUCGCACAAACCAAUCCUCAACCCAAUUGUUAAUCUCAAUCUAAUAGGAAUAAUUAAAAAAACAAAU